GGGUUCUGAGUCCAAGUGGCUUAAGCCAGAGCCACAUUCCCUAGGGAUUCCUUUAUGACUUCACCCACUGAAGUCGCUUGGGAAACAAUGCUGAACGUUCCACCCCAGAGUCUGGGCCUCUAAGGAGGCAGGGACAGCAGGCAAGGCCAGCCCAGAGGACUCUCUGUUCAGAGUGUAAAUGAAGACACUGCUGGCCCAUGUCUCGCAAGGAUGUAGAGGGCAGCCUCAGAGGCACUGGGUGCUCCUGGCACCAUGGAUGAUGCUGCCAUCCUCAAGCGACGAGGCUACAUCAUGGGAAUAAAUUUGGGAGAGGGCUCAUAUGCAAAAGUCAAAUCCGCUUACUCUGAGCGCCUAAAGUUCAACGUGGCAGUCAAGAUCAUCGACCGCAAGAAAGCCCCCACAGACUUCUUGGAGAAAUUCCUUCCCCGGGAAAUUGAGAUUCUAACCAUGCUAAACCACCGCUUCAUCAUCAAGACCUAUGAGAUCUUCGAGACAUCGGAUGGCAGGAUUUAUAUCAUCAUGGAGCUUGGGGUCCAGGGUGACCUCCUUGAAUUCAUCAAAACCCGGGGAGCUCUGCAUGAAGAUGACGCUCGCAAGAAGUUCCACCAGCUCUCCUCAGCCGUCAAGUACUGCCAUGACCUGGACAUUGUCCACCGAGACCUCAAGUGCGAGAACCUUCUCCUUGACAAAGACUUCAACAUCAAGCUGUCUGACUUUGGUUUCUCUAAGCGCUGCCUGAGGGAUGACAGUGGCCGAAUGACACUGAGCAAGACCUUCUGUGGGUCAGCGGCAUACGCAGCCCCCGAGGUCCUGCAGGGCAUCCCCUACCAGCCCAAGGUCUAUGACAUCUGGAGCCUGGGCGUGAUCCUCUACAUCAUGGUCUGUGGCUCUAUGCCCUACGAUGACUCCAAUAUCAAGAAGAUGCUGCGCAUCCAGAAGGAGCACCGCAUCGACUUCCCUCGCUCCAAGAAACUGACAAGUGAGUGCAAGGAUCUCAUCUACCGCAUCCUGCAACCAGAUGUCAACCGGCGGCUGCGCAUUGAUGAGAUCCUCAGCCAUGGCUGGGUGCAGCCUAAGGCCCGGGGUCUGUUCUCUGCAGCUAUCAACAAAGAGGGGGAGACCUCCCAGGAAACUGAGCCCUCAAGGACCUCUGAGCCUGUCUCUGACAAGAAGUCUGUCACCAAGCUGGAGCCCCAGGAAGAGGCACAGCCUGAAGUGAAGCAGGAGUCAAAACCGGAAGAGAAGACGCUGCAAGUGCAGGUGUCAAGGCCUUUGGAGACCACCAGCCUUGCCCUGUUAGGCAAGCAGCCAAACAAGGAGACAGUAGAAGAGGGCUCCCCAAAGCCUUCGGAGACACAUAGCUAG